AUGGGACCAGCCGCUUUCCUGGGGCUCUGCCUGCUCGUCUGCCUGGCCCUGCACCCCUCGCUGCAAGCGGUGCAGGCGAACAAGUGCCCCCGGGGCUGGCUGGCCUUCAGGGGCCACUGCUACGGGCUCUUCGGCCAGGAGCUCAGCUGGAGGAAGGCAGAGGCCUGGUGCAGGGCCACCCGCGGGGGGUGCCACCUGGCCUCGCUGCACACCCCCGAGGAGCACCGCGCCCUCGCCGCCUUCAUCGCCCAGCGCCAGCGCCGGGGGGAGGACGAGGAGGAGAACGUCUGGAUCGGCCUCUACCACCGGAGCCAAGCCUGGAUGUGGGUGGACGGGUCCAAGAAGCGCUACUCCGCCUGGGAGGGGGACGACUCCCCCAGGGGCAAACGCUGCGCCGCGCUGGAGGAGUCCUCGGGUUUCCUGUCCUGGGAGGACGAUUCCUGCAGCGAGAGGAAACCCUUCAUCUGCAAAUACGCUGCCUAGGGGGGCCCGGCGAGGCAGCCCCCCCUCCCCCCCCCCGCACCGCGCCCUGCACCCCAACCCCCGCGCCCGCUUGUGUCACGCCCCAGCCCCCCAGCC